GCCAGGGACUGCUUAUAUGAUAUAUUUUAUCGCUAUACAGUAGACGUGUCGUCCGUGCCAACCUUUUAGCAAAUCUCUACGUCACAUUGCACAUCCCUAGGCUCACCUGGCGCCUAUUAACCUACUUGUUAAGCUAUUGCAACAUGCUGCCGGUAGCAAUGCGCGUGAGCCGGCAACGGGCUAAAGCGGGGUGGUGUCUUCGUUCGUCCCUCUCAGCGCGACAGGCGUCAACGCUCCUGUACGUGGAACAUAAUGGCGAUGGUGGUGUUGCUCCAGCGACCUUGAGCGCCGCGGCUGCUGCGAGGCAGCACCUUCAAGGGCCGCUUGAAGCCCUGGUGUGCGGCUUCGGUGACUCGCUUGCACGCACUGCCGAGUCCAUAGCCGGUGUGGCUGGAGUGAGCAAGGUAUGGUUGGCUUCCGACCCCAGCUUGCAGCGGCCCCUAGCGGAGACCCACAGUAAGCUGCUGUCCCUUGUGGCGGAGAGCCACCGCCCCAGCCACCUGCUGGCUGCCAGCAGCGCCCAGGGACGCAACGUGAUGCCGCGAGCCGCGGCGCUGCUGGGCACGCAGCCCGUCACGGAUGUGGUCAAGAUCCUGGAUGAGGACACGUUCGUACGACCCAUCUACGCGGGCAACGCCUUCGCCACGGUGAAGUUCCGGACGCCCCCCCGCGUGCGGGUGAUCACGGUGCGGCCCACCGCCUUCCCAGCUAGCAGCGCCUCCUCCUCCUCUUCAGCCUCCUCCACCUCCUCACCAGCCCCCAUCGAGCCGCUGCCUGCUGCGCUGCUGGCGCCGCUGGGGAGCCUGGUGGCGGCGCGGUGGGAGGGGCAGGAGCUGCGCAGCAGUGGCAGGCCGGAGCUGGGGGCGGCAAAGGUGGUGGUGUGCGGCGGUCGUGCGCUCAAGUCCGCGGACAACUUCCGGCUGCUGGAGCAGCUGGCGGACCUGCUGGGGGGCGCGGUGGGGGCGUCGCGGGCGGCGGUGGACGCGGGGUUCGUGGCGAAUGACCUGCAGGUGGGCCAGACGGGCAAGGUGGUGGCCCCCGACCUGUACAUCGGAGUGGGCAUCUCGGGAGCCAUACAGCACCUGGCGGGGAUGAAGGACUCGCGCACCAUCGUGGCUAUCAACACCGACCCCGAGGCGCCCAUCUUCUCAGUGGCCGACUACGGACUGGCACAGGACCUCUUCACGGCGCUGCCGCAGCUGAUUGAGGAGGUGAAGCGAGUCAAGCAGCAGGAGCAGGGACAGCAGCAGGGAUGAGAGGCUGCAGCAAGGGCAGGGGCAGCAGUGAAUGAAGACAGGACAGCUCAAACACCAGCAAUAGGGCAGCAAGGAAAGGAACAGCAGCAGCAGCAUCAGAAGGAAAAGCGACAUAAAGGGGGCGUGAGCGAUCCGGUGUGGAUGUAGGGGUCUCCGGAUGAGGCUUCGGAUGGAUGGCAUAGGACAGAUGAGGGAAGUUGUGGGGUGUAAGCGUGUACGGUAAUGCAGUGAAGCUGGAGGGGUUGGGGAUGUGACUGUAUCGCGCACGGCUUCCGGUUGUAGGCCUGGAUUGCGGGUGGUGUCGCCAUUUGAAAUAUGCAGGAAAUUUUUGGCUUGAUGACGCAUCGGAGCAUUGUAUGGUGUCUGCAUUCUGUUCGCUGAACUACCUUGGUUACCGGUAUCGUGAUGUCGGUACAUGCAUGCCGUGCGUCUAGGUAGGGCCCCGAGUCGCCGAGGCUUUUGAUGAUGAGGCAGGUACAGCAACCUGGUGGUUCGAGAUUCGCGAGGGCAAGUGUAACCUUUGUCCGAUCGCGCGUACAAAGUGCUAUCAUCAGUGGCUUUCGUCACCGACACAGCAAAAUACAC